AUGCUAACAAAAGGCAAUUUUAACCAAAUUUUUGGGAUUUUCCACUCCUGCUGUGCCAGUGGGAGUGAUGGAAAACAAGAUUUGUAUGAUUUCGAAAUAGAUGAACAUCAUUUCAAGGAUCGCCUAGCCAAUUGUGUAGAUAUAGUAGUUCUCCUAGAGGAUGGGUCAAAGUUGGCCUGUACUUUACACGUCAACUGCCAAGAUAAUCUCAUACGAAUAGCUUGCGACCGCCAGGUUAGAGAAAUAAAGUUCAAAUCCGUCAAAAAGAUUUUACAUACAAAGGAAGAAUUGAGCAGAGUACAAACAAAUGGAUGUCCAAUCAACUAUGGAACAACUGUAGCAUUUCAUCUAGUAGAGAAUGGUAAUUGUAUACCACUAAGUUUCAACAAUACUCAUGAGAAGAAACUCUUCCUCAAUAUACUUAGCCCCUAUAUUUUAGUAUAG